AUGAGUGUACAUGAUCAGAAGCACGUGUUAAGUCUUUUUCUCACUGGAAGGUAUCAAUUUCUACUGCUAGUACUUCUGACUUCACAAUGCUCGGCUAAUGAAGGACUAUUCGGAUCGAAAUUUCAAACUGAAAUACGGGAAUACGAUUUGCUACACGCCAUCGGAGUGCCGUUCAGCAAUCCGAAAACACAAUACUUCGACGAAGGCCUCGAUGGCUUUCCGGCAUAUGGCCUUAUGGCAGGAUCCGACAUAAAAUCUCCAUACCGACUGUUUAUGCCUGAGAAACUGUACGCUGAAUUCUCUAUAACGGCUACAGUAAGACCAGCGAACAAAGAAGGUGGAUUCCUCUUUUCUGUCGUCAAUCCUCUAGAGACUGUGGUACAAUUAGGACUACAGCUAAUACCUUCUGGACCGGGAUUAACUAACAUCUCUUUACUGUACACGGAUGCUAACAUAUAUGCUCUAUCGCAAACAAUAGCAUCCUUUGUCGUGCCGUCUUUUGCAAAGAAAUGGAGCAGGUUUGCCCUCAAAGUUACAACAGAAAAUGUAACCCUGUUCCUAAAUUGCCAUGAGUUUGAUACAGUCGUUGUAAGAAGAAACCCAUUAGAAUUAGUCUUCGAUUCCGCAUCGACGUUGUAUGUUGGGCAAGCUGGACCAUUGAUUAGAGGCGCUUUUCACGUGAGUACUGCUAUAAAAUUAUCUUUAUUUAACUAA